UUGCGUGUUUUGGUGUUAUGACUAUUGUGUAACGGCAGGUUCUCAGAUUGUUUAUUGUAGAGCCAUUUAAGAAAUUUUUUACGCCAGGUCUUUCGUUAAGAGUUUUCCAAUCUGCGGGUUAAAGAUAUGAUGGAUUUCUCCGUUCCCUUCACACCGCAGAACCAGCUUACUCUUAGCGCAGAAUUGCGGAACGUCAUACAAGAGCGUAAUAUACUUACAACUAGAACUAGACUGAAAGUUUUGUCUGAUCUUGACGGCGUGAAACGAACUUCUGACGAAGAGAAACGAAUUUCUUUACGAAAUAAAGCAAUUCAAGAAAUUCUAACGUCGGAGGUUAGCUACCUUAGAAGCUUGGAGACUGUGAUGAAGUAUUUCAUGGAACCAUUACAAGAAGCUGAUUUUAUAUCCCCAACACUGUACAACGCUUUAUUUGGACAUAUUCAGAUGCUGUAUAAAGUAAAUGGUGAACUCCUGAAUGAGUUGAAAAUGAACCCAGAUUGCAUUGCUGAAGCAUUUCUCAGACUUGCACCAUUUUUCAAGCUAUAUUCUGUCUAUGCUUAUGAUUACAAGCAGGUAUUAUCAAUCAUGCAGGAUAUUGGCAAGAAGAAUGGAAAGUUGAACAGUUUUAUUAAGGAUCAAGAAAGUCGGCCUGAAGUUGGAACGAAACUGCCAUCUUUACUCAUCACUCCAAUCCAGCGAGUACCAAGAUACAGAUUACUACUACAAGAAGUUCUCUCCUACACUCCAAAGUCACACAAGGAUUAUGCUGCAUUGGUUGAAUCACUGAGUGCUGUAGAAGAAGUUGCAAAGCACAUUAACAAUCUUAUGCGAGAGCAGGAGAACAUGGAGCGUAUGGUGAGACUGCAGAAUAGCUUGGUAGGAGGAUUACCUCAAAUUGUUGUACCGGGCAGGCGUGUGCUAAAGGAAGGUCUCCUUAUGAAAGUUUCUCCUCAAGGAAAAAGUGCUCAUCCACGGUACUUUAUUCUGUUCAAUGAUAUGCUAAUGUACUGCAAAAUAAAACGACCUAAUACUUCGGAAUCUAAUUCAUUGAAGUGCUGUUGUGUACUACCUUUAAAGAAGUGCACUGUCGCAGAGAUCUUGAGUAAAGGAAUGUUCAAGAUAACAUGCCAUGGUGUAACAAUCUUGGUUUACACUGUAACUAUGCAAGAAGGAGAGCUGUGGAUCUCUGCCAUCAGCGAAGCACUUAAACAGUACCACGAGAACCGGCAGACAUUGCGAAAGGACAGUAGCUCCCGGAGACCAAUGCGAAGAUUUGAUAUUUUGCGAGAAAUGAACCAUAAUUCUUCUGAAAGGGUAACAAGGAAGAGAAAACGAUGUGAGAAGAACAAUGGCUGUAUAACCCAAGAUGAGGAGAAUAGGGACCCAUGUGAGACCACAGCAAAUGUUUCAUCGAAUAUGACCAAGUCAGCCAAUGAAGAGAUACGUCCAGCUAAAACAUCAAAAACAUGUGAAACUUUGACAGAUGAAAAACAGGUUAACCACACUUCAGGCGAUGAAACAAAGGAUUGCUUGUACCCGUUGCGAGAAAGUAUGAAAAGAGGAAGAAAUAUGAUACAUUUCCGCGAGGAAGAUGUCAUUGGCCACAGAACUUUGAAUGAAUUUCCACACUCAGUUGUUGAUAGUUCCAAUAGAAAUGAAAUUACAUGGACUACCUUUUCAGAAACAGUACAGAGUACAAUUUCAGAAAAUCUAUCAGAAGCUAAUGAAGAGCCAUGGCAUGUUAGAAGUAUUAGUUUAAUAAGAAAUUUUAUUGCCGGUUUCAGGUAUUGUUUUAGAAAACAUGUCUUAAAAAGGCAUCUCAGAGUUCCUGAUUUUAAUCAGUAAUUUACCAUCUCUGUCACAGUUACUACAUUACUGUGGCAAUACAGAAGUUUGUAUUUUUCUAACAGAUAUUUUCUUAUAUUUCUUGAGUAUUACUUUCUCUCUCUCUCUCUCUCUCUCUCUCUCUCUCUCUCUCUCUCUCUCUCUCUCUCUCCCCCCAUAGGGGAGGGGAUAUAAGUAUAUUGAAGUGUGUACCUUCAGGAAAAACAGUUUAUGAUUAUGUUCUUAUAUGUUUUGAUAGUGUCCCAGAUCUUUCAUGUUACUUGUAAACUAAGCACUUUAUUAAUUUCCCCCCACCCCCCAAGGGCAGUUUAUUUAAAUAUGAAAGACACAUGCUUUCUCACAUAGAGUAGAUAGAGUAAGCUCAACACUAGUAGUGAAAUUGUAAAUAAUUCAUAACCAUUCAGUGUACUUACUCGUUUGAGCCAUUUUGAUCAUUUUUUUAACUAGGGGAAGCUGUAGUACUGUCUCAGAAUCUGAAUAGCAGGACACAGUAGACUCAGCAAUGCAUGAGGUGCAUGAAUCUGCUGUUAAAUAACAGUUCAGCAUUUUAUUUGCCCUUUGUUCUCUUCUGCAGAACUAUAGAAAACUCCAGAACAGAGGUGUAAUUUCUUUUUUGUUGUACUUUUGCGUGUGCUGCUGUCAUUUUAAUUGUAAAGACAGUGUAUAAUUUCUGUAUUAUCUUCAUAUGUAAUUCAAGAUUUGCAUCUCUUGUGCCUAUCCUGUCACCACUUGAUGUUUCCGUUUCUCCAGUUUCACACAGCACAAGUGGUUUUAAAUAAGUCACAUUAUCAAGUGUGCACAUUGAAGAAGUUUAAACUGUUUGUAGCCAUCAUUCAGUAAUCCAAGUACCAUCACCACACACAUAGAAUUUUUGAACUGUUAGUUAAUUCUUCAAAAUUCAUCAGAUGUUGACCCAAAAAAGAAAGGUGGUUGUAGUUCAUUUGGGAACCUUGAGUGAAUGAGCAAAGUAUUUCCUUUUCUUAAAGUUUCAUGUUCUUUUAAUGACUAACACGUCCAUUAUUACUUUAGAAUAAUGUUGACAAACUGUUAGUUACUUCAUUUACAUGUGUAUGAGAUCAAUGUUCCAGUUUGAGAAAUACUAUUUGUUGCCCAGAUUUAUUUUCAUUGUUGUGCAGGUAUAAUUUAAAAGUUGUGUUUCUGCCUCAAAAACAAACAGAUUUCUCAACAAACUGUGAGACAUUGUCUUAAAAAAUAAUGAGAAUAGAGUAACUGUUUGUAUUUGCACAACUGCCAUCUUGUUACUAUUCAAAUCAUUAAUGUUAGCUAACACCAGAAUUUGAAACUUCUCCUUUCCUGGUGUAUUGUUACAUUCUGUUGGAGAUCUCAAGCAUAGAA